CACGCCCUCUUCUCCGUCGUGACCCCGCCCCCUCCGUUGCCAUGGUCACGCCCUUCCCUCCGCGGCCGCCAUCUUGGCUGAGGGCGGAAGCGGCGGCGGCCUGAGAUGACCAUUCACAACCUGUACAUCUUCGACCGGACCGGGACCUGCCUCCACUACAGUGAAUGGCACCGGCGGCGGCAGGCGGGGAUCCCCAAGGAGGAGGAAUUCAAGCUCAUGUUCGGGAUGCUUUUCUCCCUCUGCUCCUUCGUGAACAAGAUGAGCCCCACAGACAUGCGGGAGGGCUUCGUGUCCUUCCAGACCUCCCGGUACCGGCUCCAUUACCUGGAGAGCCCAAGUGGGGUGAGGCUGGUGCUGAACACGGACCUGGGGGUGAGCAGCGCCCGCGAUGCCCUGCAGCACAUCUACAGUAAUCUGUUCGUGGAGCUGGUUGUCAAGAACCCGCUGUGUCCCCCCCGCGCUCCGGUGCAGAGUGAGCUGUUCCGCUCGCGCCUCGACGCCUUCAUCCGGGGCCUGCCCUUCUUUGCGCCCCGUCCCUCCUGAGCGCCCCCUGCAGGACCGGAGGUGCCCUAUGGGGACAGUGGUACCCUAUGGGGCACAGUGAUACCCUAUGGGGCACAGUGAUGUCCUAUGGGGACAGCGAUGUCCUAUGGGGCACAGUGAUAUCCUAUGGGGCACAGUGAUAUCCUAUGGGGCACAGUGAUGUCCUAUGGGGCACUGUGAUACCCUAUGGGGCACAGCGAUACCCUAUGGGGCACUGUGAUACCCUAUGGGGCACUGUGAUACCCUAUGGGGCACAGUGGUACCCUAUGGGGCACAGUGAUACCCUAUGGGGCACUGUGAUACCCUAUGGGGCACAGUGAUACCCUAUGGGGCACUGUGAUACCCUAUGGGGCACUGUGAUACCCUAUGGGGCACAGUGAUGCCCUAUGGGGCACUGUGAUACCCUAUGGGGACAGUGAUACCCUAUGGGGCACAGUGAUACCCUAUGGGGCACAGUGGUACCCUAUGGGGACAGUGAUACCCUAUGGGGCACAGUGAUACCCUAUGGGGCACAGUGAUGUCCUAUGGGGCACAGUGGUACCCUAUGGGGCACUGUGAUACCCUAUGGGGCACUGUGAUACCCUAUGGGGCACAGUGAUACCCUAUGGGGCACAGUGAUACCCUAUGGGGCACAAUGAUAUCCUAUGGGGCACAGUGAUACCCUAUGGGGCACAGUGAUGUCCUAUGGGGCACAGCGAUGUCCUAUGGGGCACAAUGAUGCCCUAUGGGGCACAGUGGUACCCUAUGGGGCACAGUGAUACCCUAUGGGGCACAGUGGUACCCUACGGGGCACAGCGAUACCCUAUGGGGCACUGUGAUACCCUAUGGGGCACUGUGAUACCCUAUGGGGCACAGCGGUGCCCUAUGAGAUACAAUGGCACCCUAUGGGGCACUAUGGCUCUCUAUGGGGCACUGUGAUACCCUAUGGGGAGCCAUGGCAACCAGUGUGGCACAGUGAUACCCUAUGGGGCACAGUGAUACCCUAUGGGGAGGCAUGGCUCUCUAUGGGGCACAGUGAUACCCUAUGGGGCACCAUGGCGCUCUAUGGGGCACAGUGAUACCCUAUGGGGUGGACUGACACUCUAUGGGGCACAAAGGCAUUUUAUGGGGCAGAAUGCACUCUAUGGUUCACCAUGGCAUCCUAUGGGGCACAAUGAUACCCUGUGGGGCACCAUGACUUGUUAUAGGGUGCCCUGAACGCCCCCCAUGGGGCACAAUGACACCCUAUGGGGCACAGUGACACCCUAUAGGGCACAAUGCCACCCUAUAGGGCACAGUGACACCCUGUGGGGCACAGUGACACCCUAUAGGGCACAAUGCCACCCCAUAGGGCACAGUGACACCCUAUGGGACACCAUGCCACCCUAUGGGGCACCAUGACACCCUAUGGGGCACGCACCCCACAUGUAAUAAAGGCUCCGUUGGUUCUCA